GUACCCUUGGAAUUAGGCACCUGCAGGUGACGCUGCUUUUCCUGGGUACUACCAUCGGAUAUAGUGUCAGAGUUGGGAUGUCAGUGGCAGUGGUGCCGAUGGCGAACGCGAGCACCGCGAAUCCUGACAUCGAGGAUUACGGUUGGACUAAGCAGCAAAAGGAUUUGGUGCUCAGCUCGUUCACCUGGGGAUACGUGGUAACAAUGGUGCCAAGCGGCUACAUUGCCGAUGUUUGGAGCGCCCAAAAGCUUCUUGGCAUCGGGCUGCUGCUUUGCGGGAUUCUCCAAGUUUUAACACCGACCUUCGCCCAUUACGGGGGUCUGGAGGCCGUCCUGGCUUGCAGGAUAGGCAUGGGUCUCACACAGGCUUGCUUAUAUCCUUGCAUACAAACCUUCCUCUCAAAGUGGGCGCCGCCCGCUGAAAGAGCACGACUAGGAACACUCGCUAAUGCGGGUAGCCAAUUCGGCACGGUGAUCGCAAUGCCAAUUGCUGGACUUCUCGCUGCAUCCAGCAGUGGUUGGCCUAGUAUCUUUUACUUAUUUGGUGUAUUAAUGAUUAUCUGGAGUAUAGCAUUCCUUUAUUUUGGAGCAGACGCACCGUCCAGUCAUCACAGCAUUUCUUUAGAAGAGAGAAUGUAUAUAGAAGAAAGUUUGAGGACAAUUGAAGCGAAAAGCGAUGAUGAAGUCAAACAGAAACUGAAAAUACCAUGGAAGCAGAUUUUCACUUCGAUACCUAUGUGGGCUAUCAUAAUAACUCACUCCGCGCAAAAUUGGGGGUCCACGACUUUAUUGACAGAAAUACCGAGUUACAUGACAAGCGUGUUGAAUUUCAAAAUCGGAGCGAGUGGUGUAAUUUCCGCCCUGCCAUACCUAACGCAGUGGGUUCUCUGCUUGGUUAUAAGUUUUUUAUCUGACUUCGCAUUGACAAAAGGUGCGUCUAGGGGUACGAUCAGAAAGAUCUCCAACACAGUGGCUCAAUGGUGUCCGGCUAUCGCCCUGGCAUGUAUGAGCGUCGUACCUGCCGAUGGUUAUAUCUGGGCUAUCGCCAUUCUUGUCCUGGCGGUAGGUCUGAACGCUGGAGUUUUUUGCGGUGUGCUCAUAAAUCAUAUAGAUCUCAGCCCAAACUUUGCUGGGACCAUGAUGUCCAUCACCAAUUGCAUUGCCAAUGUUAUCUCUAUUAUAGCGCUGCUGACAUGUGGCGUUAUCAUCACCGACGAGAGUAGCGUGUAUCAGUGGAACAUCGUGUUUUACAUCUCAGCGGCAAUUUUCUUUCUGGGUAACUUGGUGUUUGUGAUAUUCGGCAAGGGCGAGGUACAAUGGUGGAAUGAACCAGAGGCACAACAAAGCAGGCAGAAACAAAGAGGGAAUGAAGAGAACAAGACGCAUACUUGAAAUAUAAUGAAAAUAAUUUUGAUAUACUCUUGUGGAAUUUUGUAACUUUUGCCACUGAACUAAUUGUA